AAAAAAACCUAUUCUAAUUAUGGGCAGUUGUUAAAGUGCUCCGUGUAUUGUAGACGACUUACAAACUAUGGAUUCAAGUGCCUGCAAAUAAAUAGAUAAUCAAAUAAAAGAAGAAAUCCCUCCUUAAUAUGAUGAGAACAAAAUCAUUACUAUAUAGGCUUAUUAUAGAGGACACAAAGUCCGUAAAUCUCUUAUGCCUACUAUCUAAUCUCCAGAACCAUCUGCUCCGACUUAACCAGAUAAUCCUAAACUCUGUUUUGAUCCUGCAUCAAUAUAAGAGAAUGACCAACCUAUAAUUAUGAAAAAUGGAGCUAUCUAUACUGGUGUAUGGAAAGACGGAAAAGCUAAUGGGAAAGGAAAAUAUUAAUUCCAUGAUAGGUAGUUACUAAUUUUUAUUUUCUAGUUACAUCGAAGGAACUGUAAUUUUAUUUCAAUAUUUUUUUUAGUGGGCUUCCAAUGAACUUUAAGGAGAAGGAGUCUAUUCAAAUCCUAAUGAAUCAUACAGAGGAUAAUGGCGAGAUAAUAUGUUCCAUGGCCAAGGGGAAUUUAAGUAUCAUGACGGCCGUAUUUAUACAGGUAUCUACUUCCUACAUUUAGGUUAAUGGAAACAGGGUCUCUAACAUGGAAUAGGCAAAGAGAUUUAUAUGGAUAAAUCUACCUAUGAUGGAAAAUUUAAAAAUGGAAUGAAGUGUGGAUUGGGCAUUUUUCACUUGGCUGAUGGUUCAGUUUAUUAAGGAGAAUUCGAAAAUGACUUAUUUCAUGGAUAUGGUUCAUUUGUAAAUCCUAAUUAUUAAGUAGACUUGGCCUGAUAAACUCAAAAUCUAUGAAGGUUACUGGAAGAAUGGAUUAAAAAAUGGAGAUGGUACAAUGAAAUGGGGUGAUGGUAUAUUCUAUUUUAUAUAAAUAUAUCCAAGGAAGCAAAUAUAUAGGCUAAUAUUAAGAUGAUAUUAAACAUGGAUAGGGAGAAAUGUAAUAUACAGACGGUCGAAAAUAUAAAGGAUAAUGGAAACAUGGCCUUUAGGAUGGAGUAGGCUUAUUUGUAUACAAAGAAGGGGUUGCCAAAAAAGGCUUUUGGACUAAAGGCAAAUUAAAAAAUUGGCUCUGA